AUGACUGAAACUGCCCAUUCAGAAGAUAUACUCUUAACAGUCCCAGAUUUUUCUCUUGCCGAUAGUAUAUAUAUACUGGAAUCCCGUUAUUCAAAUGAUAUUGAAAAAAAAAGAGCACAAGAAGAAAUCCUAGAGAAGAUAAAAAUGUAUAAUAUGGGAUCUUUAUACAAGAUAUUGUGUGAAGAUAAAAAACUAAUGGAUUUAGAUAAAUCCCUAGUAAAAAGCUUAGAAGAAAAAAAUAAUCAAGAAUUAGAUAUUAUAAAUGCGAAAAUUAAGGAUGCAGAGGAUAAUUGUGGUGAUUUAGAAGUUAGAACUGCUCAUUAUAGUAAGACUAUUCACUUUAUACGUAUAGGAGAUAAGCAAAAAAGUCUUGAAGAGUUAGAAAUUUCAUAUCAAAAGACUAUUGGUAGUGGAUACAAAUUGGAAUUGUUAUUUCUAGGUGUUAGGAUUGGAUUAUUUUGGCAUGACUCUAAAAUUGCAAAUAGCUAUAUGAAACGAGCAGAAGAUGAAUUAGCGAAGGCUGGAGAUUGGGAACGUAAAAACAGAUUAAAAGUAUAUCAAGCUUUGAGUAAACUUGUAUCAAGAGAUUUUAAUGGAGCUUCUCAGAUAUUUUUAGAUUGCUUAACAACAUUUACAGCUGUAGAAAUUUUGACAUUUGAACAAUUAAUUUUCUAUACAGUCAUUUCAUCUGUAUUAACAGUAGGAAGAACAAUAAUAAAAUCAAAAUUAUUAACAUCUCCAGAAAUACUUAAAAUAGCCCUACAACCUGAUCAACAUUUUCUUUUAGAAUUUAUUGAAUGUUUGUACUAUGGUAAAUAUUCCCGAUUUUAUUCUAUUUUGGUUGAUAUAGUUUACCUUCUACAGAAAGAUCGUUAUUUACAUCCUCAUCAUAGAUAUUAUCUGAGAAAUAUACGUCUUAGAGCUUAUAAACAAUAUUUAGAACCAUUUGAAUCUGUUACAUUGUCAGAAAUGUCUAAAUCAUUUGGAUUAUCUACAAAUUUUCUUGAGGAUGAUAUUGUUUCAUUCAUUUCUUCAUCUAAAUUACCAUGUAAAAUUGAUAAAGUUAAGGGUAUUAUACUCUGUAAUACAGUUGAUGAAAAACUUAGUGCUUACAAUGAAAUUAUUCAUAAGGGUGAUACAUUACUAAAUAGGCUACAGAAAUUAUCAAGAGUUAUUCAAGUCUAA